AUGGAACCAGAAUAUCAGAAGGAUCAGUGCUCCAUGAAUGAGCCAAAGAAUAGUGCUAAUGUUGCUUCAAGGAAAAUAUGUAAAGAUGUUGAGGAAGUAUUUCUUGUCCCAAAACGACGUAAAACAUUAUCACUGAUAAGAAAUGAUCGGCAAAAAUAUCGCCGUUUUCGAAAUAAGCAAUAUCUUUGCGAUAUAUGUGAUAGUGCUUUCACAUUAAAGCACAACAUACAAACACAUCUAUUACUUUAUCAUCCCAAUAAUGAAGCUUACACGAAGCGUAGACGUGGUAAACGAUAUCGAUGCUUGAAAUGUAAUACGUUAUUUCGAACUUUUGCUGCCGUUCAGAAGCAUCAAAAACGACAACAUGAAAUACGCAUGCGACCAAAAUGUGACACUUGUCAGAAAGAAUUUCCAACUACUUCUUUACUUCGUGAACACAUAGCUGUCAUACAUUUAAAUUUGCGCCCAUUUAAAUGCACCAAAUGUUCUGCUGUAUUUGGCCGACAGGGAUGUUUACGUCGGCAUGAUAUGAUGCGACAUUUAAAUUAUGUUUACAUAUGCCCUUAUAAGCAUUGCACUCAUGCUGGUUUCAAAUGUUCUAAAGCCUUGGCAGCUCAUAUUCGCUCCGUUCACACUCACAUUCGACCGUAUAAAUGUGAACAAUGUGAGAAGCGUUUCGUACGUCGGAAUGAUUUACGAGUUCAUUCGGAUAUCCAUAAUACAGAAUGCAAAUACGUUUGUCCAAAGUGUAAACAAAUGUUUCAACGUCGAAUACAUUUUCAAAAGCACGCCAAAAAAUGUCAUCCAAAAUCACUCGAAUCAAAUAAAUUACAUUAA